AUGGCGGCAGCGGCGGCGGCUGGUGCGGCCUCCGGGCUGCCAGGUCCAGUGGCACAAGGACUGAAGGAGGCGUUGGUGGAUACGCUCACCGGGAUCCUAUCCCCAGUGCAGGAGGUGCGAGCGGCUGCCGAGGAACAAAUUAAGGUGCUCGAGGUGACAGAGGAAUUUGGUGUUCACCUGGCAGAGCUGACCGUAGAUCCCCAGGGAGCACUGGCAAUCCGUCAGCUGGCAUCAGUCAUUUUGAAGCAAUAUGUGGAAACUCACUGGUGUGCCCAGUCAGAGAAGUUUAGGCCUCCUGAAACUACAGAAAGGGCAAAAAUUGUUAUCCGGGAGCUAUUGCCCAAUGGGUUGAGAGAAUCAAUAAGUAAGGUGCGCUCCAGUGUGGCCUAUGCGGUGUCAGCCAUUGCCCACUGGGACUGGCCCGAAGCCUGGCCCCAGCUCUUCAACCUGCUCAUGGAGAUGUUGGUGAGCGGAGAUUUAAAUGCAGUCCAUGGAGCCAUGCGAGUGCUGACAGAAUUCACUCGAGAAGUAACAGACACACAGAUGCCACUUGUUGCUCCUGUCAUCCUCCCAGAGAUGUAUAAGAUCUUCACUAUGGCCGAGGUGUAUGGUAUUCGAACCCGCUCCCGAGCUGUGGAGAUUUUUACCACUUGUGCCCAUAUGAUCUGUAACAUGGAGGAAUUGGAAAAGGGUGCAGCCAAAGUUCUGAUCUUUCCUGUGGUGCAGCAGUUCACAGAGGCCUUUGUUCAGGCCCUCCAGAUACCAGAUGGCCCCACAUCUGACAGUGGGUUUAAGAUGGAAGUCCUAAAGGCAGUGACAGCCCUGGUGAAAAACUUCCCAAAGCACAUGGUGUCCUCCAUGCAACAGAUUCUGCCUAUUGUCUGGAACACCCUAACUGAGAGUGCAGCUUUUUAUGUGAGGACAGAAGUAAAUUACACAGAAGAAGUAGAAGAUCCUGUGGAUUCUGAUGGUGAAGUCCUGGGCUUUGAAAAUCUCGUCUUUAGCAUUUUUGAGUUUGUCCAUGCUCUCCUAGAAAAUAGCAAAUUCAAAAGCACUGUUAAGAAAGCCUUGCCUGAGUUGAUUUACUAUAUAAUCCUGUACAUGCAAAUCACUGAGGAACAGAUUAAAGUAUGGACAGCCAACCCCCAACAGUUUGUUGAAGAUGAAGAUGAUGAUACUUUCUCCUACACUGUUAGGAUUGCAGCUCAAGACCUAUUGCUUGCUGUGGCCACUGAUUUCCAGAAUGAGAGUGCAGCGGCCCUGGCUGCUGCAGCCACCCGGCACUUACAAGAGGCUGAGCAAACCAAAAACAGCGGCACCGAACACUGGUGGAAGAUACAUGAGGCAUGCAUGCUUGCCCUUGGCUCGGUGAAGUCCAUCAUCACUGACAGUGUGAAGAAUGGCAGGAUCCAUUUUGACAUGCAUGGGUUCCUGACCAAUGUCAUCCUUGCAGACCUCAACCUCUCAGUGUCUCCUUUUCUCUUGGGCCGGGCACUUUGGGCUGCCAGUCGGUUCACUGUUGCUAUGUCUCCUGAAUUGAUCCAGCAGUUUCUACAGGCAACAGUUAGUGGUCUUCAUGAGACACAACCCCCAUCCGUUCGAAUAUCUGCUGUGAGAGCCAUCUGGGGUUAUUGUGAUCAACUGAAAGUCUCGGAGAGUACCCACGUGCUUCAACCCUUCCUCCCCAGUAUCCUGGAUGGCUUAAUUCACCUAGCAGCCCAGUUCAGCUCAGAGGUCCUCAACCUGGUGAUGGAGACCCUAUGCAUCGUUUGUACAGUAGACCCAGAAUUCACAGCAAGCAUGGAAAGCAAAAUCUGUCCGUUCACCAUCGCCAUUUUCCUAAAGUACAGUAACGAUCCUGUCGUCGCCUCGCUGGCUCAGGAUAUCUUCAAGGAGCUGUCUCAGAUUGAAGCCUGUCAGGGCCCAAUGCAGAUGAGGCUGAUUCCUACUCUAGUGAGCAUAAUGCAGGCCCCAGCAGACAAGAUCCCUGCAGGGCUGUGUGCGACUGCCAUUGAUAUCCUGACCACGGUAGUACGGAAUACAAAGCCUCCCCUUUCCCAGCUACUCAUCUGCCAAGCUUUCCCUGCUGUGGCACAGUGCACCCUUCACACAGAUGACAACGCCACCAUGCAGAAUGGUGGAGAGUGCUUGCGGGCUUAUGUGUCAGUGACACUGGAGCAGGUGGCCCAGUGGCAUGACGAGCAGGGCCACAACGGGCUGUGGUACGUGAUGCAAGUGGUGAGCCAGCUCCUGGACCCCCGCACCUCAGAGUUCACUGCCGCCUUUGUGGGUCGCCUCGUCUCCACCCUCAUCUCCAAGGCAGGGCGGGAGCUGGGGGAGAAUCUGGAUCAGAUUCUUCGUGCCAUCCUCAGUAAGAUGCAGCAGGCAGAGACGCUCAGUGUCAUGCAGUCUCUGAUCAUGGUGUUCGCUCAUCUGGUGCACACUCAGCUGGAACCCCUCUUGGAGUUCCUGUGCAGCCUCCCAGGACCUACUGGCAAACCUGCCCUGGAGUUUGUGAUGGCUGAGUGGACGAGUCGACAGCAUCUGUUCUAUGGACAGUAUGAGGGCAAAGUCAGCUCUGUGGCACUGUGUAAACUGCUCCAGCAUGGCAUCAAUGCAGAUGACAAGCGGCUACAGGAUAUCCGCGUGAAGGGAGAGGAGAUCUACAGCAUGGAUGAGGGCAUCCGCACCCGCUCUAAGUCAGCCAAAAACCCUGAGCGCUGGACAAACAUUCCUUUACUGGUCAAGAUCUUGAAGCUGAUCAUCAAUGAGCUUUCCAACGUCAUGGAGGCCAACGCCGCACGCCAGGCCACCCCUGCAGAGUGGGGUCAAGAUGACUCCAACGAUAUGUGGGAGGACCAGGAGGAGGAUGAAGAGGAGGAAGAGGAUGGUUUAGCUGGCCAACUCUUAUCUGACAUUCUCGCUACAAGUAAAUAUGAGGAGGAUUACUACGAGGAUGAUGAGGAAGAUGACCCUGAUGCCCUUAAGGAUCCUCUCUAUCAGAUUGAUCUGCAGGCCUAUCUCACGGACUUCCUCUGCCAGUUCGCUCAGCAGCCCUGCUACGUCAUGUUCUCAGGCCACCUUAAUGACAACGAGAGGCGGGUUCUGCAGACCAUUGGCAUCUAA